AUGCACCUCUACAGUCUCACUCUCCAGCGCCCCACGGGCAUAGUCUGCGCCAUCCACGGCAACUUCUCCGGCGACAAAACCCAAGAAAUCGCCGUCGCCCGCGGCAAAGUCCUCGACCUUCUCCGCCCCGACGCCACCGGUAAGAUCCACACUCUCCUCUCCGUCGAAAUCUUCGGCGCCAUCAGGUCCUUGGCCCCGUUUCGCCUCACCGGCUCCGGAAAAGACUACAUCGUCGUCGGCUCCGAUUCCGGCCGAAUCGUAAUCCUAUGCUACAACCCAAACAAGAACGUAUUCGAGAAGAUUCACCAAGAGACCUUCGGAAAAUCCGGGUCUCGCCGCAUUGUUCCGGGUCAGUAUUUGGCUACUGACCCGAAAGGUAGGGCGGUUAUGGUUGGAGCCUGUGAGAAGCAGAAGCUGGUGUAUGUUUUGAACAGGGAUGUGGCUAAUAGAUUGACGAUAUCGUCACCGCUAGAGGCACAUAAGUCUCAUACAAUUGUGUUUUCGAUUUGUGGAGUUGAUUGUGGGUUUGAUAAUCCUGUGUUUGCUGCCAUUGAGGUGGAUUAUUCCGAUAUCGAUUCGAGUGGGAAUGCUCGAAAGUGUUUGACAUAUUACGAGCUUGAUUUGGGGCUUAAUAAUGUGUGCAGGAAGUGGAGUGAUGAGGUUGAUAAUGGGGCCAAUUUGCUGGUUGCGGUUCCAGGAGGCGGCGAUGGGCCGAGUGGAGUGUUGGUUUGUGGAGAGAAUUUUGUGGUUUAUAAGAAUCAGGGACAGGAGGAUGUGAGGGCUGUGAUUCCUCGGCGUGCUGAUUUGCCUGCAGGGCGUGGGGUUCUUAUAGUUUCGGCAGCUACUUGUAGGAUGAAGAAGUCUAUGUUCUUUUUUCUUGUGCAGACUGAGUAUGGGGAUAUAUUCAAGGUGAGUUUGGAGCAUGAUAAGGAUGUUGUCAAGGGAGUGAAGAUUAAGUACUUUGAUACAAUCCCAGUUACGACUUCAAUGUGUGUGUUGAAAUCGGGGUUGUUGUUUGCUGCUUCGGAGUUUGGGGAUCAUGCUUUGUAUCAGUUGCAGGCAUUAGAGGAAGAUCCUGAUGUGGAGUCCUCCUCGGCUUUGGUGAGGGCAACUGAUGAGGGUUUCCUGCCUAGGAAACUUAAGAACCUUGUUAGGAUUGAUCAGGUUGAGAGCUUGAUGCCGAUAAUGGACAUGAAGGUCUCUAAUCUGUUUGAAGAAGAAACGCCUCAAAUAUUCACACUUUGCGGGCGGGGUCCUCGUUCAUCUCUCAGGAUACUAAGACCUGGUUUGGCUAUCAGUGAGAUGGCUGUGUCAGAUCUUCCUGAUGUACCAAACGCUGUCUGGACAGUGAAAAAGAAAGUGAGCGAUGAGUUUGAUGCAUACAUUGUGGUGUCCUUUGCAAAUGCUACUAUUGUGCUUUCAAUUGGUGAGACAGUCGAAGAAGUUAUUGACAGUGGAUUUCUUGAUACCACCGCUACACUUGCCGUGUCUUUGAUAGGUGAUGAUGGUAUCAUGCAAGUUCAUCCAAAUGGCAUUAGGCAUAUUAGGGACAGUGGACGUGUCCAUGAAUGGAGGACUCCUGGAAAGAGAAAGAUUCUAUCGGUCGGCUCUAAUAGACUUCAGGUAGUUAUUGCUUUGAAUGGAGGAGAACUUAUAUACUUUGAGGUUGAUAUGACUGGUCAACUGGCGGAGGUUGAGAAGCAUGAAUUGUCCGGUGAUGUAGCUUGUCUGGACAUUGCCCCAGUACCUGAAGGGAGACAGAGAUCUCGUUUUCUUGCAGUUGGCUCGUAUGACAAUACGAUUCGUAUAUUGUCAUUGGAUCCUGAUGACUGUAUGCAGAUAUUGAGCGUUCAAAGCGUCUCUUCAGUUCCAGAAUCUCUCCUAUUUCUUGAGGUUCAGGCGUCAGUUGGUGGUGAGGAUGGUGCCGAUCAUCCUGCCAACCUAUUCCUUAAUGCUGGUUUACAAACUGGGAUUUUGUUCAGAACAGUGGUAGAUAUGGUGACAGGUCAGCUUUCUGAUUCCCGUUCACGAUUCUUAGGACUAAGAGCUCCGAAGCUAUUUUCUAUUAAUAUAGGAGGCAAGCCCGCUUUCCUUUGUUUAUCAAGUCGCCCUUGGCUUGGCUAUAUUAAUCAAGGAAAGUUUCUGAUAACACCCCUAUCUUAUGAGGCUUUGGAAUAUGCUGCCUCAUUUUCAUCUGGUAAUUGUACAGAAGGUAUAGUUGCUGUUGCUCGCAGUUCCUUAAGGAUUCUUAUGAUUGAAAGAUUAGGAGAAACAUUUAAUGAAAUUGUGAUUCCUCUGAGGUACACCCCUAGAAAGUUUGCUGUUCAAGUGAAACAAAAGCUUUUGGUAAUUAUCGAAAGUGAUCAAGGAGCAUUCACCGCAGAAGAGCGUGAAGCGGCAAAAAGGAAAACUAGGGAGGAUGAAUACUCUGAGGCUGCAGAAAUGGGUGAAAAAGGAAAUGGUAAUGUGGAGCAGAUGGAAACUGAUGAUAAUGAGGAUGUUGCCCUCUCUGAUGAGCACUAUGGCUAUCCAAAGGCAGAUUCUGACAAAUGGGUUUCUUGCAUUAGAGUUGUUGAACCAAAGACAGCAAAAACAACUUGUUUGCUGGAACUCGAUAACGAAUCUGCAGUCAGUGUAUGUACGGUGAAUUUUCAUGAUAAUGCCGGUCUAGUUGGGGCGGCUCCUCUGAAGGAGCAUGGUACACUUUUGGCUGUUGGAACUGCAAAGGGACUUCAAUUUUGGCCCAAGAAAAGUAUAACUAGAGGAUAUAUUCAUAUAUAUCGCUUUCUUGAUGAUGGAAAAUCCCUUGAACUUUUGCACAAGACCGAAGUAGAUGGGAUUCCUCUUGCUUUAUGCCAGUUUCAGGGAAGACUACUAGCAGGGAUAGGACCAGUGCUCAGACUAUAUGAUUUGGGGAGAAAAAGGUUGCUUAGGAAAUGUGAGAAUAAGCUGUUUCCCAACGAUAUUGUAUCCAUUCACACCUAUCGUGAUCGAAUAUAUGUUGGUGACAUUCAAGAGUCAUUCCACUACUGCAAGUAUAGGCGGGAUGAGAAUCAGCUGUAUAUAUUUGCUGAUGAUCGAGUUCCAAGAUGGCUGACAGCAUCGUUCCAUAUUGAUUUCGACACCAUGGCAGGUGCGGACAAGUUUGGGAAUGUGUACUUUGUGCGGUUACCACAGGACGUUUCAGAUGAGAUAGAAGAAGAUCCAAUAGGGGGGAGGAUAAAAUGGGAGCAGGGCAAGUUGAAUGGGGCUCCAAACAAAGUGGAGGAUAUAGUUCAGUUUCAUGUUGGUGAUGUAGUCAUCUCCUUGCAGAAGGCAUCUCUAGUUCCAGGUGGUGCUGAUUGCGUCUUUUAUGGGACAGUGAUGGGUAGCUUGGGUGCAUUGUGUGCAUUCACUUGCCGUGAUGACAUUGACUUCUUUUCUCACCUGGAGAUGUAUAUGAGGCAGGAACAUCCACCCUUGUGUGGGAGAGAUCACAUGGCUUAUAGAUCAGCUUAUUUCCCGAUUAAGAAUGUGAUUGAUGGAGAUCUUUGCGAGCAGUACCCAACAUUGCCUAUGGAUGUACAGAGGAAAAUUGCGGCCGAGUUGGAUAGGACUCCUGCAGAGAUACUAAAGAAACUUGAGGAAAUUCGAAAUAAGAUCAUUUAAGAAAGAACAAGCUCAAUGGGAUCCUCCUGGUCUUUUUUCAUACUUUCUGCAUUUAGUGUCCCUGAUUAAUAUCGUUGUUGGUCAAACAGAUGCUGGAUACUGAUGAGAAUUUGGUUUUUUUGUGCAGGUCAAUUUGAGAGGCAUGUGGCAAAUGAAUGUUAGGAUUAACCAGAAGUGUUACCAAAAGAAGAUAAUUCGCAUCUUGUAGACACUUUAUGUUAUAAUUUCUCGUAAUCGAUUUCCUUUUUCGUUCCUGUUCUCCUGUUCGUUUUCUGUUUAACAACAUGCAAGGUUUAUCAUUUAUGAUAAUUUGAAUUGCUUGAAAGUCCAGUUGCAAUGUGAUUGAUUUCAUAGCAAUGAUUUAAAAUGAUAAACUAAUCUAGUGUUUUCGUGUUACAUCAUAUUUAUGUUAACAUAAGACAUUUUCUUACUUGCAACCUGUUUGAAGCUGUAAUGCUGUGUUAUCAAGUAUAAAUAGUGCAUAAAACAAAAUUUACUAUUGAUUACUCGGUGUAAAUCCAAUUUUCUUUUUGGCAGGUCACCUGGAAAAUCAACGAGAUAAAGACAAUGGGGUGUGUGGUAUAUGAUAUCUUGCUGCCAGUGUGAAGCAACAUGGCUUUCAUCAUUUGUGUAAUAGUUUUACAGAAUGGUAAUUGAAAUUU